UUAUAACAGCUACUGAGCAGCAGGACUGAAGGUAGAAAGAGAGAGAGGCAGGGCUGAGGCAGAAGGCGACCACUAAGCAGGCAUUAGUCUUCAGCAGAACUGCCAAUGGCAGUCCAGCUCCUUGAAGCUCAAUCCAGCAUCUCUUAUUAAUGAAUGGACUGGAGCAGCGAGCAGUGCCUGUGUGUUCUGUUUCCAGAAGACUCCGCUCUGCCAGAGAGAGAGAACAGGGACCGGGGAGAGAAAGAAGUAAUAGUGAAAGAGUCCCAACAAGCUUUGUUGAGGUGCCCAGCCAACUGCAGCAACCAUGAAGGGCCAGUCUUCUGACCCGGUUCACCCAGAGGCUUCGGGGUUCAAGAGCAAGUCCUCAUCCCGGCGGUCCAUCUCCCUGGGCGAUUUCCGUCGCCUGGGCGACCAUGGCAGGGCCGAAGCAACGGGAAGGGUGGCAGGGGCGCCCACAGCCCCCUCGUCCAGGCUGGUGACCCCCAGCUCCAGCAUGGAGUUCGAGGCGGCCAGACGGAGGCUGCUGGAGGUGGAGGAGAGGCAGCGGGUCAUCCUGGAGAUGGAGAGCCGGCUGCAGGAGCUCCACGAUGUCUUCGUGCAGUCCGAGCAAGAGGUGGCGGAGCACAGCGAGCUGGUGGAGCGCAUCUCUGGUGCUGCCCAACAGGGGGAGCUGUAUGCCGCAGAGAACACCCAAACCCUGAAGAAGACCCUGAAAUUCAAGAAGCACCGGUCCACAAUCGUCUUCGCCUCAAUGCUGGGGCUUCGAACCUGCUUGCCUUGGCCAGUCAAACUCAAAUAACCCGGGAUCAGAGAGCUUCAGGACCGCUCUCGUGGUGGAGGGGUAUUCUAGAACAGAAGGUUAGCUAACCAGCCUUCUUUCCACUCCUGGUCUCCACAGGUCAGUUGUGUCUCAUCUCCCAGGGACAGAUAUAAUACCUUUCUUCAGCCGCUGCAUUCACUCAGUAAGGCUUAAUGGUUAUGUUGUAAGAAAUAAAAAAUAAAAGGAGGAGGCUUUGGACUCAAGAUCAUCUACAGUGCUGAAUGUUAAGAUAGCCACAUUCUAUCAAUGCGGAGGCAGCAGGUUAUGUAAAAUUGGAAUUGCAGUAUGUAACCAGUGAGGCAUGAAUUCUCUGUACUUUUGAAAACACACUGGUUGCAAGCGAUUAUUGAUGAAUACUGCUCAGUAAAGUGACGUACAGUAGUAAAAAAAUGUUACUAGUUCUAAGGGCUAUGAAGCGGAUGUAUAAUUUGUAUUUAACUGGGAGAUUUAGUUCUAAGCAUAACAUGACUGAGAAGCAGUGUCUCUUUUCCAAUGGCAUUUUUACUUCUGGGAUGGGGCACAGAUUUGCAAUUUGAAGCUUUUGUUAAAAUGCUUAUGUCAUGGUAGGGGUCAGAUGCUUCGAUGACUAUCCUGUCCACUCCGUGAAUCACUAAGCUGCACUUCCUUCUGAAUGUAAUACCGAACCCUCAGAAUGUAUAAGGAUUGCAUCGACCGCUUUACCUGCAAGGCAGGGGGAUCUGUCCUUGAGUUUCCAUCAGCAUGUCCUUUCAGUCAGUUUUUUUAUACUCAGGGGGUACUGAGGGAUAUUUUUGGCUUGCUGUGUCCCACAUACACGCACCGGUGUCCUUGUUACUGAAAUAACUUCCUCUCCUGAGGUCUGUUUGUCCUCAUUUUCUAGACUAUUCAGUAAAAGGAAAUGGGCAUAAAGUACACUUCAGAAUACAGGUACAUUGACUCUCCACGUACUCUUUUUGUGCAAUGUACAACCAAAUUAAAUGAUCAGGAAAUUUGUUAAAUACAAGUUGUUAGUGUAUGGAGCUUCAUCCUUACAAAUAGCCAAAUGAUGUACUAAGUGUAUGUAACAGAUAUCAAAUAAAUGGUAACUACAGCGUAGCUGCGAAAUCAACCUUAAUUCUGCAGUGUAUUCAAUCAGGGUAGCACUUUAUUCAAAGUUUGAGUAAAAACAAUGUGAUUAAAUGGAGUGGACAGUGAAACCUGAAAACAUUAACAGUAUGACUGUUUGCUCAAGGCAGCCACUUUCAUUGGCUAAAUCUAUAAACUAAAUUUAAAAGCUGAGGAUCUCUUAGUUCAAGUCACUGUCAAGUUGUACUGCGCCUUGAAUAACAUUGUAAUGAAUGUUAAUGUUAAUUCAUCGUAUUUAAUUGGUUAUACAAUGAUGGCUGCCAUCUGGAAGAGAAGUCUCAUUGGGGCUCAUUAAGUUUAAAUAUGAAUGUGCAGCAUGUCCGUUUGCAAUCGCAAAUAAUAUCUCUGAAACGCUUGCCUUUACUUGUUAUAUAAUCUCCAGGUUCUGACUGCUGUGCUGCAGGUACCACUGAGUUUUUACUUUGCACACAAAGUGACGUUGCAUUGCGAUAAAGAAAAAAGAGCCAGAUUGAACUGCAGCUUGUUUAAUCUUUGAAUGCGUUUGUUUUACGAGCUCAAGCUUUGUAAUCAACAAGAUGGCUAGUUUUAGUAUUCGAGGUUCAGGCUAGUCGAAUUCAAAACGAAAGUAGAAAUAUAUCAAAUUAAAGAAUGAAAGAUCUUUGACCCUCCUAGUCUCCGCUAUGGUGACGUUUUCAUUUUUGAAUCACAGUUUGCUCUCUCAAACUGCAUUGAGCAGGAACCCGCUUGCAGAGGGAGGGGAGGGCAAUUAUUGGAAAAGCAAGGAGAACAGUUUCCACAGUGGGGUUGGGGAAACAGCUAGGAUUACAUGUGCUUGUAUACAAGAGGGUGGAGGCCCAUAUUCAUUAUUUGAAAGGAAUUUCUCAUAUGAGGAGGGGCCAUAUGGACAUACUUGGAUUUUACCACUGUGGCAACCAGACAGCUAAUAUUUUAAUAUCUCUAUAUAAAGACAUAAACUGUCAAUGCUUUCAGCUGUAUACUGAAGUGUUUAUGCUGUAUAGAACUGCACAAAUUAGUCACACUGAUAUCUGGCGCUCCGAAACAUUAGGCAACUUGUAUUAUUAGUUGCUAUGCUAAUUUGAACGACUCCCAGCUGUUAGAAACGGCAAUAGCGAUUAUUUGAGCUUGUUUAAGAAGCAAACACGAUGACAAACCGUUUACUCCAUUAUGUGGUGUUUGUCUCAUACUGUACAGUACAUGAUAGGAGAUAUAGCUUUAAUAUAUGUUGCACAUACAUUGUGAUACAGUAAAAACUGUUUUUAUGGUAAACUGAACUAAGCUGUCAUCUGCUCUCAACCAGCCAGUAAGUGGAUGACAGAGGAAUCCUAAAUAAGCAGUGUGUUAUCUUAAAGGGAUACUGUAUAUAAUCUACAUGUGCCCAAUGCUAACUAUUCCCUGGAAAAUUGCUUCUGACUGACAGUGGGGAAGUGAGGCAGGGAAGCAUAUUAGUGGCGCACAGUCCUCACCUAUGGGUGUUAAUAUUCUUUGCAGCAUCACUUCCCCACAAUCAGCCGCAAGGAGUCUUUUCAGAAGUCUGGCUUAUUAUACAGGUAAUGAAUGAAAUAUUAGGCAAAUGUAGAUGAUGAAAAGUAUUCCUUUAGCAGCCAUCUCUUUGGUGGCCAGUCUGAAAGUUUAAAAUUGCAUCCUUUCAUAAUAGCUCUCAUAAAGCAUAACGUUUGACAUAUGUAUAAGCUAUAUUGUUUUUUUACAUGGGACUGCUUAAUAAGUAUAUUAAUAUUAAAACAACAAAUGACAGGACUGCAAUUCCAUAUCAAGGAUCCGGUGAAGACUCUUUCCUCUGUUGAACGAUUUAUUCAGCUUCCUCAAUGAAAUAAUAUAUCUGUUGGAUUCAAAGUAAAACACCAGUAAAUACUUUGUUUCCAUUUCCCGAAUCCUCGCUCUCAGACAGGUGCUUAUGUACAGUUAUUCAUGCAUGCAUACAGAUUCAGCCAGAUACACACACGUUGUUUUAAUAUAUCUCACAAUGCUGCAUUGCUACUGCUGCUGCCAAGGCAUCAUGUUUCAUUUCUCUUAACAGUAGCACAUUUUAGUAGCAAAAGAUCAUUGAGGAUUAUUAAAAAGGGACUGUUUUAGGAAUGUUUGGUUAAGGACUGUUGUUUAAGCCCAUCAACUUAAUUAAUUAAUUUAAAAAAAGUCCUUUAAACUGUCAUUAAACUUUUGUGAAUCGGGCCCAAUGAAGGGAUGUUACAAUCGCUUAUGAUCUGUACCCAUGAGGUUUAGAUAGGAAACCUUAUUUUAAGUUCCAUAUCCUUUUUUUAAAAAAAAUGAUAACAUGUAUAUAAACUUACUUACAUAUAAUACACUCAUACACACAUACUGUAGUGGGCUUGUAAUGGUGUAGGAUUGUAAUGCAUUUACGAGCACUCAAGUGCACUUCAAAAAGAUGAUCAUCUAUGACACUUUUCCCUAAGAGAUUUGUGCACACAAUUAAAAAGUGGCUAACAAACAACAUCAGCCUGAAUGCUGAAGCAUGCAUCAUGACAAUACUUCAACUAUACUAACAAAAAAAAAUUAUAAUAAUAAUAAUAAUCACUUGAAAAUCCUAUUAGCUCCUGGUAGAAUAUUUUAAAAGUCUGAAUACAUUUUAAAAACAAUUGUUCAGACAAAAUAUGAUUUUAAAUCAUAAAUAGUUUAAAUCUGACCAGGGUUGCAGAUACUGUAAAUGCUGACCAGGCCAGGAUCACGUCAAUUGGAAUUGUUUUACUUGGUUUAUUUUGUAUUACUGUUUCUAUGAUUGUUUUAACUGUUUUUUUUUUUAUCCUGUCUGAAUGAUUUGUCUCUUUUUGACGUUGCUUUUCUGAUGUUAUUUCUUGCCGUCUUCUCUUGCCAGGACCCCUUUGUAAUGUAAUGUGUAUCUCAAGGGUUAUAUCCUGGUAAAAUAAAUACAUUAUGACAUUUGAGAUACUGUACAGUAUGGACUAGAUUCUCAAAACUAUUUACCGGUACUCCAAAUCUUCAUUAGCAUCUCAAAUCACUGAGUUGCUUAUUUUUUUAUAACUUUAUUGGGUGUGUUAUUACUUUGAGAAAAAAUCUAAUUACAUUUUGGAGUAAAUAGUUUUGGGAAUCUAGCCCCAUGCCAGAAUUGUGCUGCAUUAAAAAAAGUCCAAAAUACUGUAAAACGUUGCCAGUGAACCCUACUGUAAACCUGUUACACUGAUGGUCUGGCUGUACAGGGAUGUGGAAACGGUGCAGCUCCUGUAGGUUAUAAGCUGGCAAAGAAUUGAUGUGGAAUUUAACACAAACCUGACUGGCUGAUUCCUAAAUGUACAAACACAAAGGCUGGAGUGGGAGACCAUUGCCUUGCUUAAACAGACUGCGCGUCUGUUACCAUACGUAACUGUUUCUUUCCUGACGCUGUUUCUCACUGCUCUCACAGCUCUGUACAGCGGCACCCACAACUGAAUGUGCACUGUCCUUUGGGAACCGCUAGGUCUGAACCUGAACAAGAUGUAAAUAAAAGCUAUCUGAACCGUC